GAAAUUAAAUUUUUUUUUUGCUUUAGUUGGGAAAAUUCCCAUCUAUUUACAUUUUAAAUGAGAAAAAGAAAUAUUAAUAUUAUGAGCAUAAAUAAAAGUCUUUAAAACGUUAUUAUAUUUAUUAUAUACAUUUUAUAUAAACUAAUAUUUUACGAUAAAUUUAAUUUUUUUUAAAUUUUUUUUCGUAAAAUUCUGGGGAAAAAAAAUGAUUUUCUUAAUGUAGUUUCUCCACAAAUUUACUUUAAAAAAAUUAGGAUUAAUAUAUAUAUUCUAUGAAGGAAGUAUAAUUCUCAAAAUAUACUUCUUUAUUAAGAUGCCUAAACAAAAUCCAAUCCACGAGCUUAAAUUGAAACCGGGAGAAGGAGAAUUGAAAAAAAGGAUCCGCGAGGAUCAUGGUUAUAAAGCUAAGCCGAACUUCGAUAUUAUGUAUUCUGCGAGAGAUUUGGAUCAAGGUUGGGCUUGGCUGGUGAUGAUAAGUUCAUUCUUUGGAUGCUUUAUAAGUGCAGGUAUGUGUUAUUCUUAUGGAGUAUAUUACACUGCAUACAUCAAUCAGUAUCCCGAUCAAAAAAUUUUGAUAUCCGUGUUGAUUGGACUUCCUAGCGCUUUAUUUUUGCUUCUGGGACCUGUUUCUGUUUAUCUAUCAAGAAAAAUUGGCUAUCAUUGGACGGUUGUCAUAGGUUGCACCGUGGGCACUUUAGGGCAUUUAGCUUCGUAUUUUUCCACUCAAAUAGAAUUUUUAUGUUUUAGCCAUGGUUUUUUGGUUGGAAUUGGAGGCGGAAUAUUAUAUUCACCAGUCGUUUGCAUAUUAAAAUUAUGUUUUGUCAGGAGAUACGUAUUGGCUAACGCUUUUGGGCUGAGUGGGAUAGCUUGUGGUUGUAUAAUAUUUCCUUUCAUUUUUCAUGCCCUGUUAAAGCAAUAUGGUUUGAGAGGAUCUUUUAUUAUCGGGGCAUCAAUCUAUAUGCAAGCAUAUAUUAUAGCAGCCAUUUUGGCCUACCCUAGUAAUAAAUGCGAAGAUAGCGGUUUUGGGAAAGAUUUAGACGGAGGGAUAAUAGGCUUAGGAAUUAAUGAAUCAAGAGGGACCUUAACGAAAAGGGUUAGUUUUAUAGAUAUUAGUGGAAAACAAUCGCUAGUUUCUGUUAUUUCCGCUCCACCCGUUGUGAUAGCUGAAAUUAUCGAAUCUAUCAAGGAGGAAGAAAAAUCCCUGCUUAGAAGCCAUAUGAGUUUAAAUGUUAAAGCCGAUGGUGAUGAGGAUAAAAGACUCUACGGCGAUAUAUUGAAUGAUGCAGAUAUUCAGGAUAAGAAUAUUAAUGAUAAAGUGUCCAACUAUGCUAGUGAUAGCCCUGAAGAAUUAUCAUCGGGUUCUGAUUCAGAAAAAAAUUUAAUAUCGUCACCCAAAAUUCAAAGUGCAAUAAAUCAUCAUGACUCAGUUAAUGACGGGAUUGUAAAUGCAUGUAAUUCUUCUGAUUCAUCUCGCUCAUCUAUAGAACCUAAGAUUUUAUUACCUUCAACUUUCACUUUACCAACUAAGAUAAAGGUGAAAAGUCUUAAAUUCAUGCUAUUUAUAUUAUAUGCCCCUUUCGAACAAACUAGCAGUAUCAUAGUUCUUAUAAUGAUAACCAAAUUUGCCCAAGGACUGGGUAUUAAUUCAUUUUUGAGCUCCACGUUAAUUUCUUGGAUUGGAAUAGGUGAAUUAUGUGGUUGCAUAUCCAUCGUUUUGUGGGGUAUUUACUAUUCUUCUUCUCUAUUAAACAAUUCAAAUAUUCAAGGCCUCCACGAAACACUUGAUAAUGGUUCUUCGUACACUGGCGUAUUCUUUAUUACUGGCUUAUUGGGUCAGUGUAUUAUAAGCGCCAUACUAUUAAUGAACAUUUCAUCCAAGUACAUCCACUUUUGUCUAUUGAUGCUUCUAUUUGGCUAUUGCUACGGAGUCAGAAUAGCGCUCUUAAACCAAUUGGUAAUCGAUUUGUUUGGCUCUAAUAAAUUUUCCCUGGUCUAUGGCAUAUACUUUUUUGCUGCCGGAAUGGGUUGUCUUGUCUGUCUUCCAUUAGCCACCUGGCUAUCAAACGUUUUUGAUAACCAGUUAGCUAUGUUUUAUAUAACGACCACGACAUUUAUCAUUUGCUUAAUAAUUCUUACUAUAGUCUCGUUUUCCGUCUAUUAUAGUAAAUGGAAAUUUGAAAAAGUUGUAUCAAAGUGCAAAUAUUUGGUAGAAUUUAAAAAUGGGAUAGUGUAAUAUGUAAAUAUAUUUUAUAAUAAUAUAUAAAGUAAUUUAUUUAAUCUUACAUGCUUGAAUAAUGAAUUUAAAAAAAUAUAUCGAAUAUACUUUUAUAUUGGAGUUAUAUUAAAACUUUAAUCAAAUGUUUAUUUUGUAUGAUUGAAUAUUUAUUUAACUAUGUUAGCGAAAUAAUUGAAUUGUAUAAAUGCAUGAAAUAUUUGUGUUAUCUGAGUCAUUAAUCCAUAUAAUAUUUGUAGGGGAUAAGUACCUUAAACGACGAUGGGCGUAGACCUGCCACCCCACUUAAAUUUUAACAAUUGGGCCAAUUUAUCUCAAAACUUGUCGAAAUAUGUAUUUUAUGUCAUUUACCUUACCUUAAUCUAUUUAUUCAAUUGAUCAAAUUGUAAAUAAAUAUUUUGAAAUGAUUAUUUUAAAGUGGUCUUCUGGUCACUUCUCUUAUACUACAUUUAAAGUGCAAAACGUUAAUUU